AUGUCUUCCAUCUCAGAUGAGAAUCAGACGGUUACCAAGCCGGUGUCUGCAUUUAGACAGUCGGUGGGAUCCAUGACAAAAAAGAGUAAAUGGGUUUCUCCCUUUAGACAGCAAGCUAAUGCUGAAGCCAAUGUUUCAACAACUGAAAAACAUGAGAAGUCAGAUUCACUUGAUACUUCAGCACCAGCUUCUAAGAAGCAAAAAGUUGAUGCUGAAAAGAAAGUUGUUGAUAGAACUAUAAAUCCAAAGGAUUUGGAGAAAAGAUUAGGUGAAUUAUCUACAACUGCUGAAGCUUCUGCUAACAAAAAAAUCAAACCUGAGGAUAGAAUUGUUGAUCUAGGUGGUGGAUUGAAGAUGAGUCAAGCUGCUAUCGAUAAGAUUGCCAGAGAAAGACUAGGCAAAGAUCUUCAACAAAUUGAUGAAAGAGCUUCAAGUCAACAAAAGUUAAGAGAGUUGAAGCACCAGAAAAAAUUGGAACUUCAAGCUUUGAAAGAUCAAAACAAAGUGAAUUCUAAGUUUGCCAAAUUCAAAAAGAAGUUGGAUCUUGAAAAGAAGAGCAUCACAUCUGAACAUGAUAGAAAAGUGAAAGAAAUUGAGUCUUCAAUUGCAUCAUUGGAUAAACAAAUCAAAGACUUCGAUAAAAAGACCAAUAAAGAGAUCAAACAGUCAAUUGAAGAUGCUGAGACUCAAACCAAGACAGCUGAUGAAAAGUUAGUGGAUGAUAAGCAGAAAACUACAAAAGAAGCUGCUGAUUUGGAAAAGGAACAUUUACAAACUAUUCAUGAUCAUCAAAUUAGCCAAAAAAGAAGUGAAAUCACCACAAGAGUCUUGCACGCUAAGCAAAGUGAAUAUGAGCUAGAACUAGAACUUUUGGAACUGAAACUUGCUCAAAGUAACAGAGAAUUAGCUAAGCAACAAGAGCACAAUACAUCUCAUUCUGGUAUUAAGGAAGAUCUUGAAGCUCAAAUUGCAACCACUAAACAAGCUAUUUCCGAGAAUAAUGCAAAGAUUGAGCAAUCAGAGAAUCUCCAAUUAGAAUCAGCUAAAAGCUUGAAGUCGGCCGAAGGUGAAUUGGAAUCAUCAAGGAAAGCUGUCGAAUCCUUAAAGGUCCAACUGGCUGAGUUGAAAGCUGGAAAAGAUGACAGAGAAGCUAGAUUACAAGAGGCAAUCAGUAAAAGAAAGGUUUAUGAUGAAGAGCAAGAACAAUUGCGUAAAGAAGCCGAAGAAAAAGCUAGAAUUGCUGAAGAAGAAAGACUUCGUAAGGAAGAAGAAGAAAAGCAACGUAAAGCCGAAGAAGAAGAAAGGCUACGCAUUGAGGAAGAAGAAAGAAAACGUCAGGAAGAGGAACAGAAACGUUUGGAUGAAGAGGAAAGACAACGCAAGUUGGAAGAAGAGGAAAGAAUUCGUAAAGAGAAGGAGGAACAACUACGCAAAGAGAAGGAAGAAAAGAAGAAGAAACAUGAUCUUGCGGCUGUCUCAUUUGGAUCUGACUUGGAUGCUAGAAAAUCUGCUUUGGACAAAAAAAUUUCUGAGAAGAAAGCUUCUGAUGCUAGCGUUGAUGAAAUAACUUUGCUUGAAUUAGAAAGAAAGCAUUUGGAUGGUUGGACUUAUGAAAACCAAGAUUCUAAGGCCAGAGAAUUAGGAUCAUCUCUUGCAGUGACAAAAAAAGACCAACAAGCCAAAGCUAAGAUUGCAGAAAAGAAAGCAAAGAAGAAGGCUGCUGCAGCUGAGAAGGAGGAAAAGAAAAGAGCUGCUGCUGCUGCUAAAGAAGAGAAGAAGAAGAAAGCUGCUGCCGAGAAGGAAGAAAGAAAGAAUAAGAAAUCAUCCACUAUUGGUGCUGUUGCUGUUCCGGCCGCUGUUAUCACAGGAACCGGAGCUGCUGUUGGAGCUGGAGCUGGUGCCGUUGGCUCUGGUGCUUCGAAAGGUGUUUCUGGUGCUUCCAAUGCUGUUUCAACUAUUGGUACCAAACCUUCAAAUGGUUUACAAUCCAAAAGCGUUGAACCUGCCUCUUCAACUUCAAAAGCAGUCUCAAAAGAUGAUACUGCUGUCCCAACCGCUACUUCCAAUAAGCCAGCAUCAAAAUCAACUGCUCCAGUCGCUAGAGAACGUUCUUCUUCACCAAAAGAUAGCGAUAGAAAAUCUAGAAGAAGUUCAUUAUUUGGUUUUUUCAAAAAGAAGAGCAGAGAUGAAUCCGAAUCUCCAGAGCGCGAAGACAAGAAGAAAGGUCAUGGUGGUGCUUUAGGUGCUGCUACUGCUACAACUGCUGGUGCUGGAAUCGUCGGUGCUGGUGUUGCUUCAGAGAGUGCUACAAAACUUGCUUCUAAUGCUCCAGGUGGUCCAGUUGCCACUGUACCAGAGACUUCCUCUAAGAAUGUUGAAACUUCAGAUCCGAUGAUUAUCAAACCCCAGUCCCAGCUACUCAACCUGUUUCAACUGCUAAUGACUCAAUACCAAAAGAGGGUAUUUCUGCUGGUUUGA